AUGGCGGCAGCCAAGCUUCUGCAUGACUCUGGCCUGAAUGUGGUUGUUCUGGAAGCCCGGGACCGAGUAGGAGGCAGGACUUACACCAUCAGGAACCAAGAGGUUAAAUAUGUGGACCUCGGAGGAUCUUAUGUUGGGCCAACUCAGAAUCGAAUCUUAAGAUUAGCCAAGGAGCUGGGAUUGGAGACCUACAAAGUGAAUGAAGUGGAACAUCUCAUCCACCAUGUAAAGGGCAAAUCAUACCCCUUCAGGGGCCCCUUCCCACCUGUGUGGAACCCAAUUGUGUACCUAGAUCAUAACAACCUUUGGAGGACGAUGGAUGACAUGGGACGAGAGAUCCCCAGUGAUGCCCCGUGGAAGGCACCCCUUGCAGAGGAGUGGGACCACAUGACCAUGAAGGAGCUGCUAGACAAGAUCUGCUGGACAGAAUCUGCCAAGCAGCUUGCCACUCUCUUUGUGAACCUGUGUGUCACUGCGGAGACCCACGAGGUCUCUGCUCUCUGGUUCCUGUGGUAUGUGAAGCAGUGUGGGGGCACGACCAGGAUCAUCUCAACAACCAAUGGAGGGCAGGAGAGGAAAUUUGUGGGUGGAUCUGGUCAAGUGAGUGAGCGGAUAAUGGACCUCCUUGGGGACCAAGUGAAGCUGGAGAGGCCUGUGACCCACAUUGACCAGACAGGAGAAAAUGUCCUUGUGGAGACCCUAAACCAGGAGGUGUAUGAGGCUAAGUAUGUGAUUAGUGCUAUUCCUCCUAUUCUGGGCAUGAAGAUCCAUUUCAAUCCCCCUCUGCCCAUGAUGAGAAACCAGCUGAUCACUCGUGUGCCUUUGGGAUCAGUCAUCAAAUGCAUAGUUUAUUAUAAAGAGCCCUUCUGGAGGAAAAAGGGUGAGUAUUAUCAGGAGAAGCCCGUGCACUAUGAAGAGAAGAACUGGUGUGAGGAGCAAUACUCCGGGGGCUGUUACACCACCUACUUCCCCCCUGGGAUCAUGACUCAAUAUGGAAGGGUUCUACGACAGCCCGUGGGCAGGAUUUAUUUUGCAGGCACCGAGACGGCCACCCACUGGAGUGGCUACAUGGAGGGGGCUGUGGAGGCCGGGGAGAGAGCAGCCAGAGAGAUCCUGCAUGCCAUGGGGAAGAUCCCAGAGGAUGAAAUCUGGCAGGCAGAACCAGAGUCAGUGGAUGUCCCCGCGCAGCCCACUACCGCGACCUUCUUGGAGAGACAUUUGCCCUCUGUGCCAGGCCUGCUGAGGCUGCUUGGAUUGACCACCAUCCUUUCGGCAACCGCUCUCGGCUUCCUGGCCCACAAGAGGGGUCUACUUGUGCGGUUCUAA